AUGUCGCGCCCUUCUUCGCCCAGCACCGCGUCCGACGACGACGGCUUCGGCGCCGUCUUCGAGGAACCAGCCGACUUUCGCCCUGCGACCCCUCCUCCGACCGUCAAGUCGUACAAACGCAGAAAGUGCGGCGGCCUCCUCGACCAAGUCGGGCCCGACUCUGUCGAGGUCGGCCUCGUCUCGGGCCACCCGCUCUGGGGCCACAUCCUGUACCCGGCAGCCAUCGCCAUGGCCCGCUUCCUCGAGCUGCACGCCGCGACCCUCCUCCACGGGCCUGCCGGCAUGGGCAAGGGCAAGGGCAAGGCCGUCCUCGAGCUCGGCGCGGGAGGAGGCCUGCCGGGAUUGACGGCCGCACUCGAGGGCGCGGGCAACGUCGUCAUCUCGGACUUUCCCGACGCGUCUCUCGUCCGCAACCUCGAGCAGAACGUCGCGCUCAACGUGACGGCGCUCGACUCUCCCGACGUCGCCGACGCCUGCGCCAAGGGCUUUACGUGGGGCACGGCGCCGUCUGCGCUCCUCGAGCCGCUCAGCACCGACUCGUCGCGCAAGUUCGACCUCAUCCUCUUGUCGGACCUCGUCUUCAACCACUCGCAGCACGCCGCCCUCCUCGCCUCGUGCCUCUCGUGCCUCGCCCCUCGAUCUCCGUCCUCCCCUUCCUCUCCUCUCUCGUCUUCUACUGCCCCGCCGUCGUCCUCGUCGACGGCGGCCGACCCAGCCCAACCGCCCGUCGACCUUUCGCGCCCCGACACGCUGCGCACGCCCGCCGUCCUGUGUUUCUUCUCGCACCACCGGCCCUGGCUCGCGCAAGCCGACGUCGGCAUCCUCGACCUCGCGCGGCAAGCCGGGUGGGCGUGCGAGAAAGUGUGGGAGGACCCCGAGGCUGGGCCGGCGUUCCCGGAGGACGGCGGCGACCUCGCUGUGCGCAGCACCGUGCACGGCUGGAUGUUCACGCGCUCAGAGUAG